AUGCUAAGAUAAUUGUUAAUUUUAUUGUCUUAUUCAUUGUUAGUCAUGUAAUUAAUCGACCACUAUAUUUGUGGAGAUUAAAUUAUUACAGGAUUAGAAGAAUGUGAUGGAAAUACUAUUUAAUAUGAUGGAUUUUUUAAUUGUAAAUAUUAAUGUUAACCUUCAUGCACAGCACAGAGUGUAUAAAAGGACAAUGUUUUGAAUGUGCAAUUGGUGUGUGAUAUAUAGAUUCAAUAACUUGGUAAUGUUAAAAAUUAUGCCGAGAUUUGAUUUUAGUUGGAAGUGAAUAACGUGAGGAUGGUAAUUUUAGCCAUACAGACAGUUGCAAGGAUUUUAGAUAUUUCCGUAGAGCUGGUUGUUCUUCUUUUCUUUCUACUACCAAUAAAUGCUUAAAAUGUCAAUCUGGUUUAGUUCCUUUUUCUUAUUACUGUAGCAACAUAAGUGGAUACGGUAAAGUUGCUAAAGAUACUUCAGGGUACUUUUCAGAACUAUGUGAUGAUGGCAAUACAAUUUAUGAUGAUGGUGCAAUACCUUUUGUAAAUUUUAAUGUUAUGCGACUGGAUAUUAUCUUAAUGAUCAAAAAUUAUGGAAACCGAUUUGUGGAGAUCCCAGUUGGUUAUCUAUGCGAUACAAGAGUUAUAUUUAUAUUACCAUUUAAAGGUUGCAGAAAUUUACUAAAGAUAUUUAUUAUCCAUUUUCUAAAUAUUAAUAAGUUGACUAUUGUGUAACUUGUGAUGAAUAUAAUUGUAUAAGUUGUCAAAGUGGUUAUUACCUAGAUGAGAAUUUUUCUUGCAUUUCAUAUUGUGGUAAUAGAAUACUUACACAUGAUGAACAGUGUGAAAUAUAUUAAGUUGUAUGUUUAAAAUUCCAAAAUUAUGUGA